AUGUCUGGGGAUGCUAAUAUUGACCGUAUGCAAGAGCAACCUAUUGACGAAGAUGAUGGAAGUCCUGAUUCAAAACAAUUUAUUCCAAAUUAUGGCCCACCUCAAGGAAUACCCCGUCCCAAUAUGCCUCAAUCAUUUCGUCCUGGUAUGAAGCCACCUAAUAUGCCACCGAUGCCAUAUAGGGGCCCAAUAAUGCGACCACAACGACCGAUGGGCAUGAGACCUGGCCAUCAUGGAAUGCGACCAAUGGGAAUGCCGAAUUAUAGAGGUCCACCGAGACCUUUUGAUGGCCCACAGCGACCUCCUUUUGAUAUGUCGACUAGAGGGCCACCACGGUAUCCUCCACAACGGUAUCCUCCCAGAAUGGUUGAUAGUGAUGAUAAUCCAGAUGGUUACUUUGAUCAAGAUGGCUUCCCGCCAGACGACUUUCCUAAUAUGCCACCAAAUAUGCACCAUCGUGGUCCGAUGCCUCCUAGAGGGUAUGGAAUGCCACCGGGUCCACAUUUCAUGGGUGGUCCACCUAGAAUGAUGAAUGGUGGCCCUUCUGCUUCUGAUAUGGGCCCACCGGGUCCUUAUGGUCCUCCAAGACCUGGCUACAUGACUCCCAGAGGUCAGUAUCCACAAUUUUCUCCGGGUGGGCAAGAUAUGUCUUAUGACGGUCAACCUGGAGGGCCACCUCCCAAUGGUCAACCACCAUAUGGGGUUAUGCCCCCUCCUCAUCCAAUGCUUACUUCAGGCAAUAGUGACAUGUCUCAAAUGGGUCAUCAUGAUGAAUCAUCUCCAAACGGAGGUGGACCUCUUUUACCACUCUCGGCCUCCUCAGACAGUGAUGAACGUCAAAAUAUGCCCGUUGGACCUGGUCCAAUGCCACCACCCCCGAUGCAGCCUCCUUUCGGUGGGAUGCCCCCACCGUAUGGCCAACUACCAUCGCAGCAGCAGCCAAAUCUCUAUCAACAGCAACAAGGGAUGCAGCCAUCUUCAACACAAGCCGUGGGCAACCACAAUGGACCCCCUGGUAGGCCUUAUAUGCAACCACCACCUAUGGGUUUUCCUCCUGUUCCACCAAUAAUGCAUAGUGGUCCACCACCACCUUUGGGUGGUGGUAGUGGUGGUAUGUACAGCAUGCCUCCUCCACCAAAUCCACAACAGCCACCACCUAGUGGCAGUUACUCGGGAGCACACCAAAUAAGCGCUCCCCCCCCUCAACCCACCAACCCUCGUGAUGAGAUUUGGGUUGAACAUACCGCCGCGGAUGGAAAAGUGUACUUCUACAACAUGCAGACUCGUGAAACUAGGUGGGAUAAACCGGAACGUGUCACAGUGAUUAGACAUGGUGAUGUUGAAAAACCUGCAGUUGCAUCUGCAACAACUUAUCAAGCAGCUCCUACGUCUGUCGUUGGUCAACCACGUCCUAGUAUUCAAGCGAACCCUGUGCCGGUUAAGCCUCCGGAAGUUGCCGCGUGGACGGAGUAUAAGAGUGGAGAGGGAAAAUCGUACUACCAUAAUAGUCAAAGUAAUCAAACGACUUGGGAUAAGCCGCAGGUUAUCAUUGAUUGGGAGAAUAGCUUCAAGAAGAUUGAAGAUCAGCCCAAACCUCCUGUUGAGCCUCCUUUUUCAAAUGUCGCUCAAACAACUCCUGUCGUUCAGAGUAAACCACCCGAACCUGCUAAAGUUCAACAAACACCCACAACUGAGAAGAAACCGGAAGUUGUUCAGCAACAAGCUCCAGUAGCUGAAAAGGAGCCAGAACCGAAGAAAGAACCUGAGCAGCAGAAGGAUUCUAGCCGCCCAAUCUCCAGUACAGCCGUCUCCGGGACACCUUGGUGUGUGGUGUGGACUGGUGAUGGAAGAGUCUUUUUCUUCAACCCCAGCAAACGCAUUAGUGUUUGGGAAACACCGGAUGAAUUGAAAGGUCGUGCUGAUGUUGAACGUAUGCUUAAAAAGCCUCCAGGUGAUGAAAGCGAUCCUUCAUCUUCACCUAAAGAUGAUAGCACAAAGUCUACCGACGCUAUUGAUAACGGUGUUGUUGUUGAGGAGCAAGAGCCUCCUUCGAAAAAACCAAAAUUAGAAGAGCCCAUUCAAAAGGCAGCAGUUCUUAAGGACGCGUCUCCUAAACCUGAGGCCAUGGUAGUUGAUGAGGAGGCCAAACAAAUUGUAACCGAGCGCAUCGGAGAAGACGCCAUGAAGGAAGCGUUGGAUCGAGCUGCGAAAGAUCAGGCCAGUCUCCCUUAUGAAGUCCGCGCUGAGCAAUUCCGACAGAUGUUGAUUGACAAGCAGGUGUCGGCCUUUUCUACAUGGGAUAAAGAGUUGCACAAGAUCGUGUUUGAUCAUCGUUACCUGUUGCUGACCUGUGAGGAGAGGAAGCAAGCAUUUGAGAGCUACGUAAGGGAGCGUGCUGAUGUUGAGCGAACCGAAAAGAAACACAAGAUGCGUGAGAAGAAGGACAAGUUCAACGAACUUCUUGCUACGGCUAAUCUAAACUCCAAGUCGUCGUAUUCGGAUUUCUCUUCAAAGUACGGACGCGAUGAACGCUUCAAGGGUAUUGAGAAAUCUCGUGAGCGUGAAUCUCUUUUCCAAGCCUUCAUAUCGGAUUUACGUCGAAAGGAAAAGGACAAGACAAGUAGUAAGGAUAAGCUCAAGACAGACUUUAUUGCUCUUCUUAAAGAGCACAAGUCAAUAUCAAGGCGUUCGCAUUGGUCGGAUGUGAAGAAAAAAAUUGACUCGGAUUCUCGUUACAGGGCAGUUGAAUCUUCUAGUCGUCGAGAAGAUUGGUUCCGCGAAUAUGUCAAAAAGUUGGACGAUGCCAAAGAGAGUGAGAAGGCAUCCCGUGAAGAUAGUGAAAAGCGCAAAGAACGCGAGAAGCGCGAACGUCAAGAAGCUUCUCUCCGUGAACGCAAAAAGGAAGUCGAAGAGGCCCGUACUAACUCAAUGCGGGAAAAAGAUCGUGAACGCGAGGCUCACUUGCGUAAAGAAGCAGAGGCCAAUUUUAACGCCCUCCUCACUGAUGUUAUCAAAUCUGAAAUUAUGCCCUGGAAAGAUGCCAAGAAAUUGCUGCGCAAAAAUUCACGAUGGGAUGCCAUUGCCGAUGUGUUGUCCCGAAACGAUCGCGAAAAGCUCUUUGAUACCUAUGUCUCUGGUCUUAAUAAGAAGACUAAAGAGGCCUUCCUCAAAAUGCUGGAAGGAAAUGAAUCGAUUACCUAUUGGACGUCAUGGAGAGAUUUGAAGGAUAUCCUUAAAGAUGAGUCUAGAUUUGAAAAGCUUCUUUCAUCGGAGAAAAAGUGGAAAGCUGAGUUCCGAGAUUGGACUCAGGAGCGCGAAUCAAAGGCAAAGAAGAGUUUCAAUGAAAUGCUUAAGGAGAAAACAUCUCUUAUUUCAUCUGCGAAAAGGCAGUCUUCUGAAAAUGGUUCCAUGCUUGAUGAUGUGCUGAGUACGCUCAAAGCAGACAUUCGAUACAGAGCGAUCGAAUCGGGAGAAGCGAAGAAACUGUUGGAAGAAUUUCUACAGAACCUCGCAGACUGA